AUGUUCGAUCUCUUUCAACUACGUCGAGGCUUGUACGUUUUGAGGAUUGCGCUUUUCGACAUGGCUUUAACAGUUGCACUACCUCUGGCCGGAUUGGAGACAGAAAAUUUUAAUUCGUUCAGGCAUAUCAUAGACAUAGCGGGCCUAUCGCAGUCGCAGACGAGCCCUAGCCCAUCUGUCUCCAGCGAAUCUAGCGGUAUCGGCUCACUGGGAUCGUUGAAAUCAGAGUCUGUUAACAACGACUCGCUGCCUUCUAGUCCUCAGACAACAGAGAAGAAAUUAUUCGAACCCGUUGUGCAACCACAGCCACGUCCGAAAGAGCAGAAAGUUCAGGAUGUCAAAGUGAUUUAUGGAGGGCACGAUAUUCUCAACUUGAGUGCCAAUCUCACCGAUCCUCGAUGGAACUACCGUGCUACGGUGUUGCCACCUAACAAUCCGGCAUUGUUCUUCGCAAACCGCUCGCAGUACCACCGCCUCGGACCGUAUGGAACUCGCACGCAGUACGUAAAAGACUCUUGCCGCUCAUGUGGCUUUUCAUGGGUCGUAGCCGCCACAGAU